AUGUACCGGCAACUUAGCCUCCUCAAGAAAGGGGACAGUGUCGACGUCAACCGUGGUCAUAGCAAUUGGCGAGAUCGAUCGUGCAUCGAUAAGUUCUCGUCGUAUCCUGGUCAGCAAGGGCUGUUCAGCGUCGCAACCCAGAUUCUUCCUAAUAACGUUAACCUGUCAAAGCCGACCCUAUGGCACUCUGAUCUGCAUAGUGACAAUAUCUUCGUUGACCCUUCUAAGCCGACAGGAAUCCUUAAUAUCAUCGACUGGCAAGCAGUCAAUGUUUCCCCGCUCUUCCUCCAAGCACGCCAUCCUUCGCUCAUCGAGUUUGAAGGGCCAAUACCAGAAGGCUUUGAGCCUAUAACACUGCCCGAUGAUUUUGAUGAUAUGAGCGAGGAGGCACAACACCAAGCCAAGAAUCUCCGGGCUGCUCAGUCUCUCUAUAAGCUCUAUGAAAUCCUCAUGCUCCAGCAAUGUCCGGAGAUUGCUCAUGCGCUGCACUUUCGAGACACUCUGCCUGGUCCAAUUACUGGAUUGGCAAGCUCAAUCUUCAGCGAUGGAGAGCCAAUCCUACAGGGAAUGCUCAUUCGACUUCAGGACGAGUGGGCCACAUGUGUUAGGUCUUCCAUACCGUGCCCCCUUUUCUUCACUCCCGAGGAUAGGACGCAGCAGCAACGUCUCGAGGCGAGUUGGAGCGAAGGUGUCGAGCUAAUGCAUGAGAUUUUGACCGAGAUCGGCACAUAUCAGGGAUGGGAUGGUUGGGUCAAUCAUGAUAACUACCCCGUGUCUAAGGAGCGGUUGGCCCGAUGUCGCGAGAACUUUCUCGAUCGCUACGCGAAAACCGAAGAGGAGAGAAGUCAAUGGAUCCAAGCCUGGCCGUUUGAAGACAAAACACAUCCACCAACUUCUCUAUAA